UGUUUUGUCAUCAAUCUGCGUUAACGAAGUUUAAUCAUCGUCUUCUUCAUCAGUUCAUGGAUCUGUAGACUGUUUUCUUCUUGCAUUCCCUUCCUCUUCGUCUGCUUGGCACGCCAUGGAUGAGCGGACGCAAAAGUCGGAACCAACUUCCGACGGCGCCGGAAGAAGUUACUGGCGGUUGACCAAGUACGAUCUUUUCCCGGGAGAUUCUUUCCAUAGCCUCCAAUCCUACAGGAAGGCGUUGUCGGAGACAUGCCCUCGCCUCUUGGACCGUCUCACCGACCGCUCCACUGACGAAUAUGAGCUCCUUAAGCUACCCAAGGCGAGCGAGAAUGAUAUGAGGAAGUGCCUCACUUGGUGGGACUUGAUGUGGCUAAGCUUUGGCGCUGUCGUCGGCUCCGGCAUCUUCGUCAUUACCGGCCAAGAAGCACGUGCCCAUGCGGGACCGGCAAUUGUCUUAUCCUACGCUGCUUCCGGCCUCUCCGCGUUGCUCUCCGCUUUCUGCUACACCGAAUUCGCCGUCGAAAUCCCUGUCGCCGGAGGUUCGUUUUCUUUCCUGCGUAUCGAAUUGGGUGAUUUUGUGGCCUUUAUUGCCGCUGGAAACAUUUUCUUAGAGGCUCUUGUGGGUGCUGCUGGAUUGGGUCGGUCUUGGACAUCUUAUUUUUCUACUAUGAUCAAAGACGACCCUGAUUUUCUACGAAUUCGAGUGGGUGCUUUCAAAGAAGGUUUUAACAUGUUAGAUCCUUUGGCUGUUACGGUGCUUCUAAUUGCUAAUGGCAUUGCUGUCUCUGGAACAAGAAGGACUUCAAUACUGAACUGGCUUAGUUCUAUAGCUACCACGUUUAUAAUUGGCUUUAUAAUCGUGGUCGCUUUUAUUCACGCCAAGACUUCAAACUUAGUACCUUUUGUCCCAUUUGGGGCAAAAGGAGUGUUUGAGGCCGCAGCAGUAGUGUUUUGGUCUUACACUGGUUUUGACAUGGUGGCAACCAUGGCUGAAGAAACCAAAAAACCUUCCAGGGAUAUACCAGUGGGUUUGAUUGGUUCAAUGACUAUGAUUACUUUGAUAUAUUGUGUAAUGGCUUUAGCACUCACAAUGAUGCAGAAAUACACUGAGAUAGAUAAGGAUGCUGCCUAUUCUGUUGCCUUUGUGAAAAUCGGAAUGAAUUGGGCUAAGUAUCUUGUGAGUAUAUGCGCAUUGAAGGGAAUGACCACAAGCUUGCUCGCUGGAUCUCUAGGUCAAGCUAGGUAUACAACUCAGAUUGCAAGAUCUCACAUGAUCCCACCCUUGUUUGCUCGUGUUCACCCAAGAACUGGAACCCCUGUGAAUGCUACACUUUUGAUUACUAUAGGCAGUGCAAUUAUUGCCUUUUUCUCUAGUUUGGAUGUUUUGUCUAGUGUUUUCUCUUUCAGCACUCUGUUCAUUUUUAUGCUCAUGGGUGUUGCUUUACUGGUGAGGAGAUAUUAUGUCAGGGAUAGAACAUCAACAAAUGAUUUCAUCAAACUUGUGGUGCUCUUAUGUGUUGUUAUUGGUUCUUGUGCUGUUGGAACAGCACUUUGGAGCUCAGGUAAGCUAGGCUGGAUUGGUUAUUCAGUAUCUGCUAUUGUCUGGUUUGUUGCAACUUUGGUAAUGGCUUUCCUUCCAAAACAGCGAACUCCGAAGGUUUGGGGUGUUCCACUGGUUCCAUGGCUGCCUUCAUUGUCCAUUGCUAUGAACGUUUUUCUGUUGGGAUCAUUAGAUCCUGCGGCAUUCUGGAGGUUUCUGAUUUGUUCUGCAAUAAUGCUUCUGUACUAUGUAUUCAUAGGUGUCCAUACAACCUAUGACCUUGCACAUGAGGAUGAACCAGAAUCAAAACAAGAGGAGGGCAAUGUUGGUAAAAACGAAGGGUUUUUGUGAAAUGUUUCAUUUAUGAUAAUGGAAAUGUUUAAUUGGUGUGAUUCUGCUGUUUUUAUUACCCAACCUUUGCAACACAAAUAGAGUUCUCUCUGUAAAAUACAAAACAACUCAACAUGUUCCGUGGUGGAAUCUUGGUUCAGAUUUGCAUUCUGUAUUCCUUGACGCGAAAGGAUCUCUUUGUCCUUUAAAACAUAGCCUUGUAUCC